AUGCAAGAUAUUCAAGCCGCUGAAUUCGGAUCCUGUUUCUCAAACCGCUCUAAAAAUGGAAAGUUGUUCAAGAAUCUUCUCUCCACAGAGCCGUUUGUCGUCCCUUUUUGCCCCUCAUUGAGGUUUUUUGUGGAACACUUCUGGGCCCAACUCGGAAAUCUCUCGCGCGAGCCAUACCGGAAAUUUGGUCAGAUCUGGAGUCGACAGUGUAAUGCAGCGGAGGUUUUGCAAAGCCUUCGUCAGGAUCCCAACACGUCUCAGAUGGAUCAUGUAUUUUGGAUUGGACACUCUAGCAUCCUCCUCUGCCUAAAGAGUGGGACGAACAUUCUGUUCGACCCUAUUUUUUCGAAGCGCUGCUCCCCGCUGAGCUUUAUCGGUCCAGCACGGUGCUACCCGCCUGGAACGACCAUAGAGCAUCUACCACCGAUCCACAUCGUCACCAUAUCGCACAAUCACUACGAUCACCUAGACGAGAAAAGUCUACGAUCCAUCUAUAGACGAAACCCGGAUGUUAUUUUUGUGGUGCCUCUCCGCAUGGACACCCAUCUCACCCAGUGGGGCAUCCCAAAGUCCUCCAUUAUAUCCAUGGAUUGGCAGGAUGAGAUUUUGCUGAGGGACGUCGCCAUCGGCUGUACGCCCGCUCAGCACUAUGGGCGGCGCGGCCUCUUCGACUCAAAUCAAGUCCUUUGGUGUGGCUGGUGCAUCGGCUGGCAGGCAACUGACCUUGUGCGAUCGUCUCCCGCGACUACAGCCGACGGGGCACUUGAUCCUGUCCGCUGUUCUGCUGCAGUCGGGUCGUCGCUUCGGGUGAUGGACUGGUCUAAAGCCAAGGUUUUCUACUUUCCAGGCGAUACCGCAUUUAAUAAGUGUGUUUUUGAUAUCAUUCAUGCGCAGUAUGAUCAUAUCAGCAUGGCCGCUAUUCCCAUCGGUGCAUAUAAGCCGCGCUGGUUUUUGUCGAAGCAACACAUCGAUCCAGCGUUUGCUGUUCAAAUAUUUAAGAUUCUUAAUGUUACCAAAGCUUUUGCUGUGCAUUGGGCCACAUUUCAGCUCGGGAAUGAUGCACUGGAUGAUCCCCAAAAAGAUUUGAAGGCGGCUUUGGACGCGGAGGAUGUUAGCGAGGAUGAUUUCGCGUUAAUCCCUAUUGGCGAGCAUCUAUCUUUCUAG